AUGGCGGAAGAUAAAGGUGAAGGACCCGAAGAUGAGGACACGAUUGGUAUUUACGUAGGCUAUCGCAACGCUGAAGGCGACAGACAUGGCGAAGGUUGGGCCCUGCUGCCUAACGGAGACUUUUACCAGGGCUGCUACUGCCGGGGCAUGAGGAACGGAAAAGGAUUAUAUGUUUUUCUUAAAAAUGGAGCGAGAUAUGAAGGCGAGUGGCGUAAGGCGAUGAAGUACGGAGUAGGCACAAUGCUAUACCCUGAUGGAUCACGCUACGAAGGCGAUUGGAGGCAUGACCUGAAGCACGGCUUCGGUGCCUACUAUUACCCGAACAAUGACAUUUACGAAGGAGCCUGGUUUAAGGGCAAGCGACACGGCUUAGGAACGUAUUUCUUCGCUGAAUAUCAGAUUAAGUUUAUGGGCACUUGGGUGGAGGGUGCUAUAGAAGGACCCGGGCAAAUUAUAUAUCCAAGAGUGAGAUACCAUGGAUCAUGGGUCAAAGGAAAGCCAAAAGGACCAGGUUGCUUCGUGUUCGAUACUAAUUGCAUGCAGCAUGGCUUUUACUUGCUCAAGAAGGAUCCAGACUUCGAAGAAUACGGAGAAGCCGAGGAAGAAAAGGAAGACAAAAUUCCCAAGGAGAGGGAGGCGGAAGAAGAAGAAUUUGAGAUAGAUGAAACGUUAGGUAAAGUAGCAAUAUGGCGUGCACGCAAUGUGACGGCAUAUAUGGCGGAGUUCCUCCCGCCGGAGCCGGUGCCACUGCCAGUGCACGACUCCGUGCCCUCCCUCACUGACGAGAGUGUGGAAACUGACGUCCUCCGCUUUGAGCCCUCCACCCUCACCGCGGAGGAGGGCGACGAUGACAACGACUCCUGGCUGCUGCACCGACAGCAAUUCCUCGAGGAGACCGAGCGCUCCCUCCCGCGGGCGAACGAAGACUAACUAAUAAUACAAACUAUAGUUCCUUGU